AAGCUGCGGAAAUAAUUGUGUGGGUCAAUGCACUGGCACCGCGCAGCUCUUGGACCGCCCGACUUUUCCCUGGCCACUGCCUGAAAUUGGACAAUUUCGACGACUUGGCAGGAGGCAAUCGCUCGCUUGGACUCAUUAUGAGUGGCAAACGGUUCGUCUCUGGCGGUUCCAGUUUGUUCAACUCCAGCAUCGGUAUCACCAUCGCUGUUACAUUAACAUUAUUAUGCGCUCGGGCAUGUGCAUACAUGUGCAGUCUAGUUUGGCUCGUUACAUAUUUAUUUCUUGUGUGGGAAACUAGUUUUCUCCCAGCCAACCAGGGUCCGUGCAGGUUUUUGUUGGCCAUUGAUGGCGGAGACUUCCGAGCUUCCGUUUCGAGUACGUAGCGCCAGUAUAAAUGAAUUGGCCAGCUCCAAGGAGGCCUCACAUCGUUUCAGAUCUAAGAAAGUGAAGGUGGUUGAAUUGGAGCACUGCCUAUGAAGAGCAGAAAGUAAUUCGUUCAGAGCUAUUGGAAUAAUUGGACAUGAAUGGUUUACUGGUUGUGAGUUGGGUCCCACCACUCAGUGAGAAAAUCGGUCUAAGUUUUCCCAUCCUUGCAGUUAUUGUUGUGCGCCUUCUGCUGCAGCGUAGUCGCCAAGCCCCCGGCAGCUCGGCGGGCACAGCUGCACGACGAUGUCCAGCUCAUUCAUCCACACAUCAUCACUAUAGAGCGUUUAGAGAGCCUACUCCGGCGUGCUGGGGAAAUCUUUGGGCCGGCUCUAGAGGAAGAUGCCAUGGCGGAGGCCAGCAGUCAGGUGCAGGAGCAAGUGCAGCCCCCACAGCGAAUGUUGCCGCCAACGGAGCAACCGUAUAACUUCUAUUUACCGCUCUACGACUUCGUGGAGCCCAAGCUGGAUGCCAAGAGCCGAAUGCUGGAGAAGAUUGCUCCUCCGCCGCAGAAGACGGAACACAACUACUACGCGGAAAAGCCAAAAAAGAAGCCAAAGAAGUUUAACGCAGCCAACAAGCACAUCAACCUCAAUCUCAAGUGGCUCAACACCUACGAGAGGGCCAUGGGAGGCGCAACUGCGCCCAAAGCCAUGUAUCUGGAGCAGGACGAGCGCAACCGAAUAAACUUCGACGACUCUUUCUUCGCGGUGGACAUGCAGGUAAAGAUUCCGGACAACCAACCUCACAAGGAGUCCGCUGCGCCCACAGAGCUCUUGCAGCAUGGUGAAGAGCAGGCCGAGGAAGAUCUGAUGGCGGCUCCUGCGCAGUUAGCCUUUAACUACAAGUCUCCAGUCCAGGAUAAACCUCGAACAUAG